GAAGCCGCUCGAGGCGGCAACGGCGACAUGGAGAAGCAGGGCGGCGACCCGUCAGGCGGCGCGCUCCCAUCGAAGGGGCCUGUUACUGUGCUGAGUGCAUCGCAUGGGGAUAAACACAACAGUGACACAUGCUUGGAGCAUGAUGAAAUUAACAAAGCCCAUGGAAUAUUGUUUAAAGAAAAAAGAGAUUCCGAAGAUAUGGACGAUCAACAUCUAUAUGAGGAACAGGGGCAAGAAAUAGAUGAUGAUUUAACUGAAACUGAAGUGUCAGAUAGUCUACUGUGCGACGGUGUGAUAAAUUUGGUAAGAAAGAGUAUUGAAAGGAAACAAACUCGUAAGAUAAUACGAAAGCAAACAACCAAGAGGCCUAGAAAUAUCGAAGAGCCUGUCAACAAACCCCGUGGUCACGUCGGAGCCAAGGCAUACAGCAGAUGUAGUCUGCCAUACUUUGUUGAUGUUGUCAAGUCCACAUGCAAAAGUAAAGAGAAAGUACAACUCGUCAGAGGUAUCGGCUUCGGUUUCACACUUGAGUUCGAUGAGUGUGUCGUACCAAGGCCAUUUGCGCAAUGGAUAGCUGAUAAUGUUUGUGUCAAGGAUGAACAAAUUGUCUUCAAUCAGAAGGUGAUAACACUCAAUGCAGAGUCAGUGUCCCAUGUUCUUGGAAUUCCAGCAGGUGAAAACAACAUCAACAUAACUGAUGAUGGAGGAAAAGCUGAAUUUCUCGCGUUGUUUGGGCUGUCAGAAGUUCCAUCAAUCAAGUAUUUUGGCAACAAGAUCAUCAAGGAGGAGGAGCUAUCUGAUGAACAAUACAUCCGUUGUUAUAUGAUCGUUAUGCUUGCAACCUUCUUAUGCCCAACAUCAAACACUAAACCAAGCACCAAGUAUAUGGGAGCAUUUAUUGAUGUUAGCAAGAUCAAAGACUUAAACUGGUGUAAAUUCACACAUGCAUGGUUGAUGCAAGCAAUCAACAAGUAUCAAAAAGAAAAGGUCAAGCAAAACAGGAUAACAUUAACACUGGGCGGAUACAUUUUUCACCUUGCGGUACAUCUUUUUUCAUGCUUUUCCUAUGGCGCAGAAUUCGAAGUUCAUGCGCAUGAAGCAAGGAAGCGUGGUGUCAAGUAGAUAACAACACAUUUUUACGUGUUUCAGAUUUUUUUUUGUUUCGUUUGUACACUCUAUGGCCAUGUACAAAGUACU